UAUAACGCACCCUAUUUUGUUUUUUCAUCCUCUAUAAAAUUCAAAGCAUUUUUCCCAUUUUCUUUCUCUCCUUUUUGUUUUAUCCUUUUACUUACUUUGUGCUUCUUCUUAAAAUGAAAUCGAUGGCUGCAAUUCAUAAACAUGAGGUUGAAGAGGAUGGAGAUAGCAGAGCUGUUGUUCUCAGCAUCAACGGCGGCGGAGAGGCGGCUGCAGCAGCGUCGAAGAAUCCCAAAGAAGAGCUUGACAUAGAGACAGCUGUAAGCCUGAAGCCCAUGGCGUUGCACGUGCCGUCAGCUGUUCCCAUGCCGCCAGUAACGACAGCACCCGUCGCGCCGAAACGAGCUUCUACCAAGGAUCGCCACACGAAAGUAGAGGGACGUGGCCGGAGGAUCCGAAUUCCCGCUACUUCCGCGGCUCGGAUCUUUCAGCUGACACGAGAAUUAGGCCACAAGUCGGAUGGAGAAACUAUCAGCUGGUUGUUAGAGCACGCUGAACCGGCGAUAAUUGCGGCGACCGGAACUGGUACAGUUCCCGCCAUCGCUAUGUCGGUUAAUGGGACACUUAAAAUCCCGACGACCUUGAACGCUAACCCCGAACCCGGUGACCUUAGUAGAAAGAAGCACAAACAAACCGCUAAUAGCGAGUUCGUUGACGUCAACGACGCCGUUUCGGUUUCAUCUGGUUUAGCCCCUGUAAUUAUUUCUCAACAACAGCAGCAGCAUCAACACGCUGUUCUGCCGCAGGGUUUGGUUCCAAUUUGGGCGAUACCAUCAAACGCCGUCGUUCCGGGCGCGUUCUUCAUGGCACCAUCUAUGGCAUCCGUGGCCGGACCAUCAACACAGCCUCAUAUAUUCACAUUUCCGGCCACCACUACACCAUUAAUUAACAUUUCGGCUCGGCCCAUAUCGUCGUUCGUGUCCGCCAUGCAACACGGUGCAACAGCAACGCCGAGUCAACUUCAAAGUAAUGUAGCGGUCACGAGUUGCACAGUUCCGAUUUCCAAGACGGCUAAAACGGCUUCCGUUAUGGCACCGAGUUCGAGUUCCGCUGCCACAACUACCACCACGACAACAACUCAGAUGCUUCGUGACUUCUCAUUGGAGAUUUACGAUAAACAGGAGCUCCAAUUCAUGAGUCGAUCUUCAAAGCAUUAAUUGAUAAAGAAGAAGUUUUCUUUCUUUUUUCAUUUUGUUUGCUGUGUUUGGGUUUUGUUUUUCAUUGGUGGUUUCGUUGUUGGUGCAUCCGUCAUGAACGAGCGAAGCUAAAGGAGGAGGAGCAGGAGGCGCACGUGCUCACUUGAGGGGUGUUUUCAACCAGUGAUCCUCUAUGUUGCUGUUGCAUUGGUUUUGACAUUCCCCUUCGACAUUUUCUAUAAACAGGAGCCCCAGUUCAUGAGUCGAUCUUCAAAGCAUUGACUGAUAAACAAUAAGUUUUCUUUCUUUUUUCAUUUUGAUUGCUGUGUUUGGGUUUUGUUUUCCAUUGGUGGCUUCGUUUUUGGAGCAUCCGUCAUGAACGGGCGAAGCUAAAGGACGAUGAGGAGGAGGAGGCAUGUGCUCACGUGAGGGGUGUUUUUAAGAGCUGUGCACGUGUAAUGUGGGGUAAUAUUAGGUGACGCGGGUAGGGUCCACAUUAUGUUUUGUGGGUCAACACUGAAACCAAAAGGCAGGGGCAAUCCGUGGGCCGUGCAUUGCUAGGAGUAAAUCUGGGCCAAACGGGCCACCUCAUCGAACAGUCAUGUGGUGCGAGGCACGGGACCCGAUAGGAAAGUUGCAAAAAGGAAAAAAAG